AUGUACGCUGACGACUUGAAGAUGUUCCGCAAAGUAAAUAACAACGUCAAUUGCUGUGCGCUGCAGUCGGACAUCAACUCUCUUCUCAACUGGUGCGAUUUGAAUGGCAUGAAGGUGCACGCGAAGAAGUGCAAGGUCGUCUCUUUCAGCCGUUCUAGGGAUCCCUUGGGCUUCGAGUACACAGUGGAGCGGCGUGCUCUAGAUCGUGUCACCUCGAUCAAGGAUCCAGUCGUGACGGUAGAUCGUAAAAUGAGGUCCAAUGAACACAUUGCGCUGACAACUGCGAAGACAUUUGCCAUGCUGGGUUUUAUGAAGCGCAACACCGCCCACUUUGACGACCCGAUCCUGAUGCAGCGCCUCUCCGUGUUCGAACUGCUACGAGGCAACAUCGACUGCGAUAGCAUUCGCGGCAACGUACGCUUCAACGAACCGGCGCGCCAAGGACUCAGAAGUGAACGUCCUUUGUUGUGGAUUCCGAAGCAUCUGUUUGACUACGGUUAUUAUAACCCGCUCGAUCAGCCGACCGGCACGAGUCAGGCGGCAGUGAUUGAUCAGACGCAGUAG